AUGGAGCGGCGAAGACAGGAGGAGCAACGAAGACGACAGCAGGAGGAGAGGAGGCGCCAGGAGCAACUGGAGAGGGAGAGGAGAAUCCAGCAAGAAAUCGAAAGGGAGUGCGAGCUUUCGUGUAAGAAGGUGUCAAAGGGACGAGAACAGCUAAAACAGAAGCUGAGUCUUAAAGGACAACAGCGCCAUCACCAGCGUACACAAGAACUACACCAGAUGAUAGAAGAUGAUGCUGCUGCAAUCGAAAGGGAUGAGGUAUGA